UCUUCUCUCUCCCUCUCUCUCUCUCCCCUGUCAUCAGAUUCGCAUUAACCGGAACAGUUCUCCUUCCUCCGAUCGGAUCCCUGACCCUCAGAUUCAAACCCUAUUCUCUUCUGGAUCUCAAGAAAGAUAAAAGUCGCCGCUUUUUUAUCGCAGAUCUCCUCCAAUUCCUUCAAUUCUGGCGAAUUAGGGCUCCGUUCUUUGCUCGGAUGAGGCCUCUCGUUUACUUUUCCUAGGGAGUGCCCUAGGGUUUUGGUGAGCGGGGAUCUCGGAGAUGGCGUCUUCUCCGGUCAAGUUCCUGCUCGCUUUCCUUGUCUUCGCCUUCCUCGGCUGGAUUGUCUUUGUAUUUGCUGCGAGGUUGUUGGCAUGGUUCUUGAGCCGAAUAUUGCGCGCAUCUGUUGAGUUUCGUGUUGCUGGAUGCAAUUGUUUAAGGGAUGUUUCUGUGAAGUUCUCAAAGGGUGCUGUUGAAUCUGUAUCUAUCGGUGAAAUCAAACUCAGCCUGCGUAAAUCACUGGUCAAGCUGGGUGUCAGUUUCAUUUCUGGGGACCCAAAAUUGCAAUUGCUGAUAUCUGACCUAGAUGUUGUUUUAAGGACUCCUGAACGAAGUGUUAAAAAGAUCAAAUCUCCUAGUAAAUCUCCAAGAUCACACUCAUCUGGCAGAGGAAAGUGGAUACUCCUGACUAACAUAGCAAGAUUUCUCUCUGUUUCUGCAACUGAAUUGGUUGUGAAGGGACCAAAAGUUGGUAUUGAGAUCAGAGAUCUGAGCGUGGACAUAUCUAAAUAUGGUGGACCCAAUCCGGUUCUGUAUGUGAAGCUGUGUCUUAAUCCUUUACUUGUCCAGAUAUUUGAUUCGUACUCUGCUUUUGAUCAUUCUGGUUUUGACCAAGGGGAUUGCUUUCUCACUGGAAGAACUUGUUCAGAUUUUCUAGAAAAGGACUAUGCUCCUUUUAUGUUGGAGAAUUUAUCAGCUAAUUGCGAGUUCGGUCAUGAUAGGGAACAAGGAGUCAAAAUAAAAAAUCUGGAUUUUUCGAGCGGUGAUAUCACCAUAAACUUGAAUGAGAAUUUGUUUCUUAGAACAAAGAAGAAAUCAGAGUCUUCUGUGGGUGCUAACAUCAAGAAAAGCUCUACUUUAGAACUCCCGGCAGUCAAAAAGUCAGAGGACAAUAAAAUAUCAUCUCUAAUGAGGAAAUCCUUGGUUCCAGAAAAGGUUAGCUUCAAUUUGCCGAAGUUAGAUGUGAAGUUUAUGCACCUGGGUCAAGGUCUUUCUGUUCAGAACAAUGUUAUGGGCAUCCAACUGAAAUGUAACAAAUGCACAGCAUACGAGGAUUCUGGGGAAACUGCAUCACAUUUUGAUCUCCAAAUGGACUUCAGUGAAAUUCAUCUGCUCAGAGAAGGCAGUAGUUCUAUACUGGAAAUUCUAAAAGUUGCUAUUAUAGGUUCGAUUGAUGUUCCAAUUCAACUGCUUCAACCAGUUAGAACUGAGAUUGAUAUCAAGCUUGGUGGAACACAGUGCAACUUAAUUUUUAGCAGGCUGAAGCCCUGGCUUCGUCUGCACUUCUCGAGGAAGAAAAAUAUGACAUUAGAUGAGGAGGUUUCUUACAAAGAAGGGCCUCAGACAAGCAAAACCAAAGCUAUCAUGUGGACAAGUACUGUUUCAGCUCCAGAGGUGACUAUCGUGCUUUAUGGGCUUAACGACUUACCACUAUAUCAUGUAUGCUCGCAAUCAUCUCAUCUGUUUGCAAAUAAUAUAGCCAGUAAGGGCGUUCAAGUACAUGGAGAACUUGGUGAAUUGCAUUUGCAUAUGGCUGAUGACUAUCAGGAGUGCUUGAAGGAAAGCUUGUUCUCUUUAGAAAUCAAUUCAGGCUCCUUACUGCACAUUGAGCGGGUUAGUCUCGAUUGGGGACAUCGAGGAGUAGAAUUGCACGAGGAACAUGAUCCUAAUAAGUGGAAAUUGAUUUUUUCUGUGGAUGUAACUGGCAUGGGAGUAUAUUUUGGAUUUCAUCAUGCUGCAUCUCUUAUUUCAACCUUGAUGUCCUUUAAAGCACUGAUAAAAAGUUUAGGUAGUUCUGGGAAAAAAACUGUACAGACCAAAGUGCGUUCUAGCAAAGCAACUUCUAAAGGGACACAAAUUUUGAAGGUAAAUCUUGAAAAAUGCUCAGUAAAUUAUUGGGGUGAUGUGAUCGUAGAGGAUGUAGUUGUUGCAGACCCCAAGCGUGUAAAUUAUGGUUCACAAGGUGGGGAAACAAUAAUUACUGUUUCUGCUGAUGGGUCACAGCGCACGGCAAGCAUUAUAUCUACUGCCCCCACUGGUUGCAAGAAGCUUAAAUUCUCAUUAUCCCUUAAUGCCUCUCAUCUCAAGCUUUGCUUAAACAAGGAAAAACAUUCUACACAAAUUGAUCUUGAGAGAGUGAGAUCAAUCUACCAGGAGUAUUCUGAAGAAAGUAGGCCUGGUGCAAAGGUGACUCUAGUUGACAUGCAGAAUGCAAAAUUUGUGCGUCGCUCUGGUGGCCUCAAUGAGAUUGCCGUCUGUUCUCUGGUCAAUAUAACUGAUAUAGCAGUCCGAUGGGAACCUGAUAUGCAUUUGGCAUUGUUUGAAGUAAUGACCUCCUUGAAGUCUUUUGUACAUAACAAGAAGAACCAGCUUUCCGAUGGUGAAGCUUUACCUAAAUUUCCAGAUAAGGAAGUAAUAUUGGAGCAGGCACAAUCUGAUAAGAAUAGCAAGAAACGGGAGUCAGUUUUCGCCAUCGAUGUGGAGAAGUUAAAAAUUUCAGCUGAACUUGCAGACGGUGUGGAAGCCGCGAUUCAUGUGCAGUCUAUCUUUUCUGAGAAUGCAAGGAUAGGUGUAUUACUUGAAGAGCUUAUGCUGAGUUUUAAUGAUAUCAGGCUCUUUAAAAGUAGCCGCUUGCAGAUUUCUCGAAUUCCUGUAUCUGUUAUGAGCAAUUCGGCUGACGCAAAAGUACAUUCCACAACUACAUGGGAUUGGGUGAUUCAGGGUCCUGAUAUUCAUAUUUGCAUGCCUUAUAGGUUGCAGUUACGCGCCAUAGAUGAUGCAAUAGAGGAUACAUUGCGAGGUUUGAAACUUAUUGCUGCUGCUAAAACCACUCUCAUAUUUCCUACAAGGAGAAGUGCAAAGAAAUCUAAGACUAAGUCUACGAAAUUUGGAUCUGUCAGAUUAAUCAUACGUAGAGUUACAGUAGGUAUUGAGGAAGAACCUAUUCAAGGCUGGCUUGAUGAACAUUACAAUCUUAUGAAGAAUGAAGUUUGUGAGUUAGGCGUUCGAUUGAAAUUUUUUGACGAACUUGCCUCCACUGGGAAGUCAGGAGGUUCUCGGCCAAAUGAAACAUGUAACGGAAAGAACUUUGUUCACAAUGGAAUUGAAAUUGACGCGUCAAAUGCAGCAGCUAUUAAAAGCUUGCAAGAUGAAAUCCAUAAGCAGACUUUUCAGUCUUAUUAUCAGGCAUGCCAGAGAUUAGUGUUGUGCGAAGGAACUGGGGCAUGUUUGAGUGGCUUUCAGUCUGGUUUUAAACCAAGCAAAAAUAGAACUUCACUUCUAACAAUUUCUGCUACUGAAGUAGAUGUGACCCUUAUCAAAAUUGACGGUGGUAAUGUGGGGAUGAUUGAGUUCAUAAAUAAGAUUGAUCCUGUCAGCUUAGAGAAGGAGAUACCAUUCUCACGGAUGUAUGGAAGGGAUAUUUCUUUGAAUGCUGGAUCUUUAACCGUCCAACUUAGGGAUUAUACAUACCCACUCUUCUCGGGAACAGUCGUCAAAUGUCAAGGACGUCUUGUACUUGCACAACAGGCUACUUUCUUCCAGCCUCAAAUUCAGCAAGAUGUUUUCAUUGGAAGAUGGUGGAAAGUUCGCAUGUUACGUUCAGCAAGUGGUACAAGUCCAGCAAUGAAAACAUAUAUGGACUUGCCAUUAUAUUUCCAUAAAGCGGAAAUAUCCUAUGGAGUGGGCUAUGAACCCGUCUUUGCAGAUAUAAGCUACGCAUUUACAGUAGCAUUGCGUAGGGCUAUUCUUGGUAAAAGAGGUAACAAUCCAAUGGCAAAUCAACCGCCUAAGAAAGAACGUAGCUUGCCAUGGUGGGACGAUAUGAGGUACUACAUCCAUGGGAAACUGGGUUUGCAUUUCACAGAGACUAAAUGGACUCUACUUGGAACAACUAACCCUUAUGAGAAGUUAGAUAAACUUCAGAUUUUUACAGGUUACAUGGAAAUCCUGCAGUCAGAUGGACGUGUAUCUCUUUCUACGAAGGAAUUCAAUGCUUAUUUAAGUAGUCUGGAAAGUCUGGUAAAAAAUUGUAGUUUAAAGAUCCCAUGCAGUAAUUCUGGACCUUUUCUCUAUUGUCCUGCAUUGUCUAUUGAUGUUACUAUGGAUUGGGAAUGCGACUCAGGUUUCCCUCUUAAUCAUUACUUGCAUGCGCUUCCUCGAGAAGGGAAAAUUCGGGAGAAAAUCUUUGAUCCUUUUCGAUCAAGCUCUCUCUCACUUAAGUGGAAUUUUUCUUUAAGGCCCUCUUUGCCCAUGAAAGAUGAACCUCUCUUGUCUACUGGUACAGGAAACAGUGAACUGUUAGAUGGAUCCAUGUAUGAGUCUUCACAUAAGUUGGCCAAUGCGUCAUCAAACUCCCCAACAGUGAACUUGGGAGCACAUGACCUUGUUUGGAUAUUUAAGUGGUGGAAUUUGUUUUAUCUUCCUCCUCAUAAGCUUCGAUCUUUCUCACGAUGGCCCAGGUUCGGAGUUCCUAGAGCUGCCAGAUCUGGUAACUUAUCAUUGGAUAAAGUUAUGACUGAGUUUUUCCUCUGCCUUGAAGCUACACCAACGUGCAUUAACCACAUACCUUUAGGAGAUGAUGAUCCAGCUAGUGGUCUGACAUUUAAAAUGACAAAGCUGAAAGUGGAACUCUGUUAUAGUCGUGGAAAGCAGAAGUUUACUUUUGAAAGUAAGCGUGAUCCUCUUGAUCUUGUUUACCAAGGUGUGGAUCUUAAUCUGAUGAAGGCAUACUUGAACAGAAACGAUGCAACUUCUGUGGUUCAAGAUCUUCAAAUAACAAAAAGCUUGCAGGCUGCAGAUAAAUUAAAUAAUGAAAAAACCAGCUAUAUAAGUGGUUGCACUGAGAAAUGCCGAGAUGAUGGUUUUCUAUUGGAUUCAGAGUAUUUCACUAUACGGAGACAAUCUCCCAAGGCUGAUGGUGCGAAAAUUUUGGCUUGGCGAGAAGCUGGUAGGAAGAAUGUCGAGAUGACCUAUGUGAAAUCUGAGUUAGAAAUUGGGAGCGAGAGUGAUCAUGCGCGAUCUGAUCUUAGUGAUGAUGAUGACGGCUUUAAUGUGGUACUUGCUGACAAUUGCCAGCGAGUUUUUGUUUAUGGCCUUAAGCUUUUAUGGACUAUUGAAAACAGGGAUGCUGUUUGGUCAUGGGUUGGUGCAAUAUCUAAAGCAUUUGAGCCCUCAAAGCCUUCUCCUUCACGGCAGUAUGCACAGAGAAAAUUAUUAGAGGAAAGACAAAUUUCUGAGGGGGGUGAAAUGCAUCAUCAUGAUGCUGUUAAGCCAUCUACUUCUACAGUUCAUGGUGUUAGUCCCACUUCCCCGCAACAUAUUGAGCCUUUGGGAACACACCCUUCUAUUUCUUCAACUGGAAAAUAUGAAGGCUCAACUAAUGUAGCUGUUACUCAUGGAGAAAUUGGUGACUCUGAGGAUGGAACACGGCACUUCAUGGUCAAUGUUAUCCAGCCUCAAUUUAAUUUGCAUUCUGAAGAAGCUAAUGGUAGGUUUCUGCUUGCAGCUGCUAGCGGCCGUGUUUUGGCUCGUUCCUUUCAUUCAGUUCUUCAUGUUGGUUCUGAGAUGAUCAAGCAAGCUCUUGGUACCAGCGGUGUCUCUGUUCCUGAAACUGAACCAGAAAUGACAUGGAAAAGGGUAGAGCUUUCUGUUAUGUUGGAGCAUGUUCAAGCUCAUGUAGCACCAACUGAUGUUGACCCAGGUGCUGGACUUCAGUGGUUACCCAAAAUUCUUAGGAGCUCGCCUAAAGUAAAACGUACAGGUGCUUUACUUGAGAGAGUGUUUAUGCCCUGUCAAAUGUACUUCCGCUACACGAGGUACAAAGGUGGUACACCGGAACUAAAGGUGAAGCCUCUAAAAGAGCUAAAGUUCAACUCUCCCAAUAUUACCGCAACAAUGACGUCACGCCAAUUUCAGGUCAUGCUGGAUGUAUUAAGCAAUCUUCUUUUCGCCAGACUUCCCAAGCCUCGUAAAAGUAGCCUUUCUUGUACUACUGACGAUGAUGAAUAUGUUGAAGAGGAGGCUGAUGAGGUGGUACCUGAUGGUGUUGAAGAGGUAGAACUUGCAAGAAUCAGCAUUGAAGAAAGAGAAAGGGAAAGAAAAUUAAUCCUUGAUGAUAUAAGGACACUAUCAGCUAGUAAUGAUAUUCCUACUGAGAGUGUGGGUUUAGAAAAUGAUGCAGAAUCAUGGGUGAUAACUGGUGGAAAAUCAAUACUGGUAAAUAGGCUGAAGAAAGAGCUGGGAAGAAUACAAACCUCUCGAAAAGCAGCAUCUUUCGCUCUGAGAUUGGCUCUGCAGAAAGCCGCACAAUUACGCUUGAUGGAGAAAGAAAAGAACAAAAGCCCUUCCUAUGCUAUGAGGAUUUCAAUGAGAAUCAGUAAGAUAGUAUGGAGUAUGCUUGCAGAUGGUAAAUCCUUUGCUGAAACUGAGAUAAACGACAUGAUCUUCGAUUUUGACCGUGAUUACAAAGAUAUUGGUGUUUGUCUGUUCACUACAAAAUCAUUUGUUGUGAGAAACUGCCUGCCAAACUCAAAGUCUGAUAUGCUAUUAUCUGCCUGGAAUGCACCUCCUGAAUGGGGAAAAAAUGUUAUGCUUCGUGUUAACGCAAAACAGGGAGCUCCUAAGGAUGGAAAUUCACUGCUGGAACUUUUCCAGGUAGAUAUAUAUCCACUGAAGAUACAUUUGGCUGAAACAAUGUAUAGGAUGAUGUGGGAAUACUUCUUCCCAGAAGAAGAACAAGAUUCACAGCGACGGCAGGAGGUAUGGAAAGUUUCAACCAGUGCUGGUGCAAGACGGGUAAGGAAAAGCUUAUCGGGCCCUGAUACAACUGCAUCAAGUAGCCAACCCACUAGAGAAUCUGAGGUCCCUAGGAAAGCAGGUGCUAGUUGUACUACCUCCUUGACAACUAGUACUUCCAGUCAUGCUGACUCUUCUCAUGUGUCAAAAGUACCACCUAUGAAAGGAAAUAGUAUAUCUGGUUCCAAUCCAGAGCUUCGACGGACAUCAUCAUUUGACAGAUCGUGGGAAGACACUGUAGCAGAGUCGGUGGCUAAUGAACUUGUUUUACAAAGCUUUGCUGCAAAAAGUGGCCCUCUAAGUUCUGCUUCAGAAAAUCAGCAGUCAGCCAAUGAGGAGACAUCUAAAGGUAGAACGAAAGAUUCCAAGCCAGUCAGACCAGGUCGUUUAUCUCACGAAGAAAAGAAAGUUGGGAAGGCUCAGGAUGAGAAAAGAGUGAAGUCUAGGAAGCUGAUGGAAUUCCAUAAUAUAAAAAUCAGCCAGGUCGAGUUGCUGGUUACUUACGAGGGUUCAAGGUUCGCAGUCAGUGACUUAAGGCUGCUGAUGGAUUCAUUUCAUCGUGAUGAUUUCAUAGGCACCUGGCGGAGGCUAUUUUCACGAGUUAAAAAACAUAUAAUAUGGGGAGUUCUAAAGUCCGUAACAGGAAUGCAGGGGAAAAAGUUCAAAGAUAAAUCCCAAAGUCUGAGGGAGCCACAUGGAGACAUCGUACCUGACCUCAAUCUCAGUGAUAGUGAUGGUGGUCUGCCUGGGAAAUCUGAUCAAUUCCCUUUAACAUUUGCCAAGCGUCCAACAGAUGGAGCUGGUGAUGGAUUCGUUACAUCAGUAAAAGGACUGUUCAAUUCUCAGCGCCGCAAAGCUAAGGCAUUUGUUUUGCGAACAAUGAGAGGAGAGGCAGACAGUGAAUUUCAAGGUGAGUGGAGUGAGAGUGAUACUGAAUAUUCACCAUUUGCCAGGCAACUUACAAUAACAAAAGCCAAAAAGCUCAUACGGAGGCACACAAAGAAGUUCCGCUCGAGAGCACCGAAGACUUCAGGGACUGCAUUACAAGAACAGGAGUCACAUCCAUCAUCACCGAGGGAGUCCCCGUUCCAAAGUGAUUCUUCUGGUGGAUCAUCCUAUGAAGACUUCAACGACUAGAGUAUAAUCUGAAAUUAUUAGGUGCUGUUCUCGAAUAUGCUGGCAAGCAGAAAGCAUUGUUAAGAAAUGGUUGAGGGAAGAAAUCUUCCAAGAUGAGUUGAGGGGAAAAUCCAAAUUUGUUACAGUAUCAAGCCUUUCUGGGUAAGAGAUUGAGGGACCUUGUUGCUUAGCAAGAAUAAAUGCAUGUUUUGUCGAGAGAUGCUUCAAAUUUUGUUGAAUGGUCUGAUCGGCAGCGGUAAUGACAGUAACAACUGGUUGACAGCACAAAGGAAAUCCUGCUGUCAGAAUCCUCGAGGACUGGAAGCUCAUAUCAGGAUCAACACUCCUCUCUGGUGAAUGUAUAUACGUGGCCAUUUAUUUGGAUUGGCACUGUCCUACUGUCCUUUAUGUUAACUUCUCUCAUAUGCCCCUACUUUUUGUAGAAGUUAUUUGGGAAUGACUCGGUUGUAUGCAGGGGGGAAUACAAUAAAAAUGUCUCUGAUCCCUUUUUUUCUCAUGACAACUUUAUGCUAUAGAAUCUCACUGCUGCCGAUGGGUUCAAGUGAAACCACUAACAAGCCGAAAUGGCUAAGAGGACAUGUAGAAACUGUAGAUCUAAAGAAGAUUGUGGCGGCUGAGAACUUUCUAGUCACAUUUUCCCAAUGUAAUACUUGUGUAUAUGAAUAUCGGGACGAGAUAAAAUUAUCAGCUAUGAUGUUUAUUGUUUUUAAUCCAAGUGUAUUGGCACUUUGCCGUACUAUGACCUUUUGCUGGAAUUUUGAGGCAUAUUGCCCACUUUGUUUAUAAUUCAUUAAACUCUGUUAUGAGAAUUCUCUC